GGUCCCGGGGGCCCCCCCCCCAGCAGCAGCAGCAGCAGCAGCAGCAGCAGCAGCAGCAGCGCCGUUCGACCUGCUAGGGUUUGUGGCUUGCUACGUGCCGCUGGUCAUUGCGCGGCUGCUGGCCCCGCUGCUGCAGCAGCAGCCGCAAGACAGACCUGCAGCAAAAGAUGUUUUGUCUUUGGACUUCUUUUUAUCUCCGCCUCCGCCGGAGUCCAUUUUGCCCUUUUAUGCCAAAGCUUUGAAGGGCCGGGGGGGCCCCCAGGGGCCCCCGGGGCCCCCCCCCGAGCCGGGCACUGCGUCCCCCUUCAAACCCGUGCUGCACCUGCUGCGCGAGUCCCCCUUCGGCACUGAAGCUGUCCAGACAGUCGCGCUGCUGCUGCGGCAGUCCGUAGCAGCAGAAAGGCUUUUGAGUUUCUUUUCUUUCGAAGCCAAGAAGCUCGCCCUCCUGCAGCAGCAGCAGCUGCUGCUGCUGCUGCAGCCUCAGCAGCUGCAGCAGCUGCAGCAGCAACAGCAGCACGAACAGCAGCAGCAGCAGCAGCUGCUGCUGCUGCUGCAGCCUCAGCAGCUGCAGCUGCUGCAGCAGCAGCAGCAGCAGCAGCAGCAGCAGCAGCAGGUUGGUUGCGUGUGUCCUCAGCCAGGAGGCCAGCAGGCGCUGCAGCUGCGGCAGUGUCUGCUGGAUUUGCUGCUGCAGCAAACGCAGCAGCUGCUGCAGCAGCGGGGGGCCCCCCUGCGGGCCUUUCCCGCGCUGCUGCCGCUGGACCCGCAGCAGCCGAGGCCCCUGCGUUGGCUGCAGAACUGUCUGCGGCUGCAGCAGCAGCUGCUGCUGCUGCGCUUCCGCAGCGCCUCCUACAGAGGUGGUGGCGCUCGGGAGGGACCUGCUGCUGCUGCUGCUGCUGCUGCUGCUGCUGCUGGCAGCUCGCUGUCUCCUUUGCCGCGCGUGUCUGCUGCUGCUUUGGCUGCUCUUAACCAGUCAGUGGGUUUAUUCAGGCCGAUAGAGGUGCCCUUGCUGCGCCCUGCUGCUGCUGCUGCUGCUGCUGGCAAUCCACGCAGCAGCAGCAGCAGCAGCAGCAGCGGCAGCAGCAGCAGCAGCAGCAAGGGGGGAAAGGCGCAGCCGCCGCAGGGCCUGCUGGAGCUGUUCGUGCCCUUCAACUGUCUGUCUCUUUACGCGGGGCUGGCCAUAAGUGAUUUGCAUGCAGCAGCAGCUGCUGCUGCUUCGGACGCUGCAGCAGAUGCAGCAGCAGCAGCAGCAACAGCAGCAGCAGCAGCUGCUGCUGCCGAAAACGAAGCAGAGCCCCUCGCAGCGUCCUCACAGGACUCGCCUGCUACUGAGUCGCCCGAGAUCGGCAGCAGCAGCAGCAGCAGCAGCAGCAGCAGCAGCAGCAGCAGCCGCAGCAGCAAGAAGCACAGCGGUUCACCGGGCGCUUCGUCGACGAGUGGCUCGGCGGCGGACGCCGCAGCAGCAGCAGCAGCUGCUGCUGCAGCAGAAGCAGCAGCAGCAGCAGCAGCAGCAGCAGCAAACAAGGAGAAGGAGAGGGGCUUGUGUCUGCCGGGUUCCGUGUACGGCGUGCUGGGAGCAGCAGCAACGCCGAUGCUGCUGCCGUUCGCGCUGCUGCCAGCAGCAGCAGCAGCAGCAGCAGCAGCAGCAGCAAACCACCCGCUCAGCAGCAGAACUCCCCUCAACAAAGCCUGCUACACUGGCUGCGCCUUCCGCUGCUGCCGCAUGCAGCCGCUGCUGCUGCAGCCAGACCCCACAGUUUGCUGCUGCUACCAGCUGCUGCUGCACCGGCCCUCCUUGGAGGCCUGGGGGGCUUCUAUGGAGCUUCCUGCUGCUGCUGUUGCUGCUUACUUCGAAGCAGAUGCUGUUGCUGCUGCAGCAGACGUCCUCGCGCCAGCAGCAGCAGCAGCAGCAGCAGCACGAGAGCCCCACGCCCACUUCGCCCUCUUCUGGACCUGCGCCAGCUUCCUCCCCGCCAUCCUCGAGUUCGCCUUCGACGUCCCCGGGGACUGCGUGCUGUCGCUGGACGCGUGGCUGCGCACAACUGCUGCUGCGGGUUUGCUGACGGAGGAGCUGCUGCUGCAGCAGCUGCAUGCAGCAGAAGCCACGGGUUUUGGGGCUUUGGACUUCGAGGCCCCUUCCCCCGAGCAGCAGCAGCAGCAGCAGCAGCAGCAGCAGCAGCAGCAGCAGCAGCAGCAGCAGCAGUUUUGGGGGUGGGCCGACCAAGAGCCUUCUCCAGACCUCAGGCACAGAUGCAGAAGGCUUUGGCAACUCCUCACGCUGCCCCUUGAGGAUGCUGCGGAGUUUGUGGCUCAAGCCCGGCCUCUGCUGCAGCGGAGAGACGCAGAGGAAGUAUCGACUGUGUCUGCUGCUGCUGCUGGUGCUGCUGCUGCUGCUGGUGCUGCUGCUGCUGCUGCUGCUGCUGAGGGUUUGGACGAGGACUCAGUGGACCUCCCGCUGCACCGCAGCGUGGAGGAGCAGCUGCAGCGGCUGCUGCUGCUGCAGCACUUGCUGCUGGAGAUUGAAGGGUUUCAGGAGCAGCAGCAGCUGCAGUUUUCGCUGCUGCUGCCUCUGGACCGCAGCAGCUACAGCUCGGGCCUUUUCUUCUGCAUUGUGGGGUCCGCGCUGCAGCAGCAGCAGCAGAGCAAGCAGCAGCAGCAGCAGCAGCACAAGCAGCAGCAGCACAAGCAGCAGCAGCAGCAGCAGCAAACCAAACUCCGCGAGGUCUUUGCUGUUGGGGGCCGCUGCGACGCUCUUAUCCGCCAAUCCCAAGGCAGAGAUGCAGCAGCAGCAGCAGCUGCUGCUGCUGCUGCUGCCAUUUUUGUGGAGAUUGACAUUGACUGCCUGUGUUCUCGGCUGCUGCACAUACAGCAGCAGCAGCAGGAGUCUCCAGCAGCAGCAGCAGCCGCUGCUGCUGCUGCUGCUGCUCUGACUCCGGUCUGGAACGAGUCGAAUAGCAGCAGCAGCAGCAGCAGCAGCAAGCGCGGCAACGGCGACGCUGCGGCAAGCAGCAGCAGCAGCAGCAGCAGCAGCAGUAGCAGCGCGAGCAGCAGCGCGAGCAGCAGCGCGAGCAGCAGCAGCAGCACGAGCAGCAGCAGCAGCAGCAGCAGCUGGAUGAGCAACAGCAGCAGCAGCAGCAGCCUCCAGGAUGUAGCAGCAGGCUGGGUCCUCCCGCAGUGUGAGACUCGCCAAAUGCCCGUGGGAGAGGCCCGGCGGCUGCGGAAAAGCCUCAGGAGGGCCGGCAGCCCCCGGGGGCUGCAGUGGUUUGUGUCUCUUACUGCAGCAGCAGCAGCAGCAGCAGCAGCAACAGCAGCAGCAGCAGCAGCAGAAGCAGAAGCAGACACAGUACUACCAACGGCAGCAGCGGCAGUAGCAGAACUAACUGCAGGUGUUUCCUUUCAAGUUGAAAGCCUCCACGUCGACCAGUGGACUCGAGAGUUCAGCUGCAUGGAGGAAGUCGCCGCCUUUCUGCUCUCCAAACCCUCCGUCACAUGA